CUCCUGUCCAUUGUGUAAUAACAGACACAUUUUUAGCAGAGUCCUCCUUGGACAUGAGCAAUGUCUGAUGGAUUUAUUACAUUCAAUAUGUUGAGGUAUGACAAUUUUUUAAAUCAAGCACAUGAUCAACUGUGAUUGCAAAGCCCUCGUCGUCCUGAACAUCUCUAAUGCUCAGCUAACCCUCCUACACUCAGCUAACCCUCCUAAUGCUCAGUUAACCCUCCUAACGCUCAGCUAACCCUCCUAACACUCAGUUAACCCUCCUAACGCUCAGCUAACCCUCCUAACACUCAGCUAACCCUCCUAACGCUCAGCUAACCCUCCUAACGCUCAGCUAACCCUCCUAAUGCUCAGUUAACCCUCCUAACGCUCAGCUAACCCUCCUAAUGCUCAGUUAACCCUCCUAACGCUCAGCUAACCCUCCUAAUGCUCAGUUAACCCUCCUAACGCUCAGCUAACCCUCCUUAAAACUCAGCUAACCCUCCUAAUGCUCAGUUAACCCUCCUAAUGCUCAGUUAACCCUCCUACACUCAGCUAACCCUCCUACACUCAGCUAACCCUCCUAAUGCUCAGCUAACCCUCCUAAUGCUCAGUUAACCCUCCUAAUGCUCAGCUAACCCUCCUACACUCAGCUAACCCUCCUACACUCAGCUAACCCUCCUAAUGCUCAGUUAACCCUCCUAACGCUCAGUUAACCCUCCUACACUCAGCUAACCCUCCUAAUGCUCAGUUAACCCUCCUAACGCUCAGCUAACCCUCCUACACUCAGCUAACCCUCCUACACUCAGCUAACCCUCCUACACUCAGCUAACCCUCCUAAUGCUCAGUUAACCCUCCUAACGCUCAGCUAACCCUCCUACACUCAGCUAACCCUCCUAAUGCUCAGUUAACCCUCCUAACACUCAGUUAUCCCUCCUGAUGCUCAGCUAACCCUCCUAAUGCUCAGCUAACCCUCCUAAUGCUCAGCUAACCCUCCUAAUGCUCAGCUAAGUUAACCCUCCUAAUGCUCAGCUAACCCUCCUAAUGCUCAGCUAACCCUCCUAAUGCUCAGCUAAGUUAACCCUCCUAAUGCUCAGCUAACCCUCCUAAUGCUCAGCUAACCCUCCUAACGCUCAGCUAACCUAACCCUCCUAAUGCUCAGCUAACCCUCCUAACGCUCAGCUAACCCUCCUUAUGUUCGGCUAACCCUCCUAAUGCUCAGCUAACCCUCCUAAUGCUCAGAUAAAUUAACCCUCCUGAUGCUCAGCUAACCCUCCUAAUGCUCAGCUAACCCUCCUAAUGCUCAGCUAACCCUCCUAAUGCUCAGCUAACCCUCCUAAUGCUCAGCUAGCCCUCCUAAUGCUCAGCUAACCCUCCUAAUGCUCAGCUAACCCUCCUAAUGCUCAGCUAACCAUCCUAAUGCUCAGCUAACCCUCCUAAUGCUCAGCUAACCCUCCUAAUGCUCAGCUAACCCUCCUAAUGCUCAGCUAACCCUCCUAAUGCUCAGCUAACCCUCCUUAUGUUCGGCUAACCCUCCUAAUGCUCAGCUAACCCUCCUAAUGCUCAGCUAACCCUCCUAAUGCUUGGCUAACCCUCCUAAUGUUCGGCUAACCCUCCUAAUGCUCAGCUAGCCCUCCUUAUGCUCAGCUAACCCUCCUAAUGCUCAGCUCAGCUAACCCUCCUAAUGCUCAGCUAAGUUAACCCUCCUAAUGCUCAGCUAACCCUCCUAAUGCUCAGCUAACCCUCCUAAUGCUCAGCUAACCCUCCUAACGCUCAGCUAAUCCUCCUACUGCUCAGCUAACCCUCCUAAUGCUCAGCUAACCCUCCUAAUGCUCAGCUAACCCUCCUUAUGUUCGGCUAACCCUCCUAAUGCUAAGCUAACCCUCCUAAUGCUCAGCUAACCCUCCUAAUGUUCGGCUAACCCUCCUAAUGCUCAGCUAGCCCUCCUUAUGCUCAACUAACCCUCCUAAUGCUUGGCUAACCCUCCUAACGUUCGGCUAACCCUCCUAACGCUCGGCUAACCCUCGGCUAACCCUCCUAACGUUCGGCUAACCCUCCUAACGUUCGGCUAACCCUCCUAACGCUCGGCUAACCCACCUAACGCUCGGCUAACCCUCUUAACGCUCGACUAACCCUCCUAACGCUCAGCUAACCCUCCUAACGCUCGGCUAACCCACCUAACGCUCGGCUAACCCUCUUAACGCUUGGCUAACCCUCUUAACGCUCGGCUAACCCUCCUAACGCUCGGCUAACCCUCCUAACGCUCGGCUAACCCACCUAACGCUCGGCUAACCCACCUAAUGUUCGGCUAACCCUCCUAACGCUCGGCUAACCCUCCUAACGCUCGGCUAACCCUUCUAACGCUCGGCUAACCCACCUAACGCUCGGCUAACCCUCCUAACGUUCGGCUAACCCUCCUAACGCUCAGCUAACCCUUCUAACGCUCGGCUAACCCACCUAACGCUCGGCUAACCCUCCUAACGUUCGGCUAACCCUCCUAACGCUCGGCUAACCCUCGGCUAACCCUCCUAACGUUCGGCUAACCCUCCUAACGUUCGGCUAACCCUCCUAACGCUCGGCUAACCCUCCUAACGCUCGGCUAACCCUCCUAACGCUCGGCUAACCCUCCUAACGUUCGGCUAACCCUCCUAACGCUCGGCUAACCCUCCUAACGCUCGGCUAACCCUCCUAACGCUCGGCUAACCCUCCUAACGCUCGGCUAACCCUCCUAAUGCUCGGCUUGCUGCUGCCCUCUGUCCUUUUUUUUACCACUCUCUAACCCUCCUAAUGUUCGGCUAACCCUCCUAAUGCUCAGCUAGCCCUCCUUAUGCUCAACUAACCCUCCUAAUGCUUGGCUAACCCUCCUAACGUUCGGCUAACCCUCCUAACGCUCGGCUAACCCUCGGCUAACCCUCCUAACGUUCGGCUAACCCUCCUAACGUUCGGCUAACCCUCCUAACGCUCGGCUAACCCACCUAACGCUCGGCUAACCCUCUUAACGCUCGACUAACCCUCCUAACGCUCAGCUAACCCUCCUAACGCUCGGCUAACCCACCUAACGCUCGGCUAACCCUCUUAACGCUUGGCUAACCCUCUUAACGCUCGGCUAACCCUCCUAACGCUCGGCUAACCCUCCUAACGCUCGGCUAACCCACCUAACGCUCGGCUAACCCACCUAAUGUUCGGCUAACCCUCCUAACGCUCGGCUAACCCUCCUAACGCUCGGCUAACCCUUCUAACGCUCGGCUAACCCACCUAACGCUCGGCUAACCCUCCUAACGUUCGGCUAACCCUCCUAACGCUCAGCUAACCCUUCUAACGCUCGGCUAACCCACCUAACGCUCGGCUAACCCUCCUAACGUUCGGCUAACCCUCCUAACGCUCGGCUAACCCUCGGCUAACCCUCCUAACGUUCGGCUAACCCUCCUAACGUUCGGCUAACCCUCCUAACGCUCGGCUAACCCUCCUAACGCUCGGCUAACCCUCCUAACGCUCGGCUAACCCUCCUAACGUUCGGCUAACCCUCCUAACGCUCGGCUAACCCUCCUAACGCUCGGCUAACCCUCCUAACGCUCGGCUAACCCUCCUAACGCUCGGCUAACCCUCCUAAUGCUCGGCUUGCUGCUGCCCUCUGUCCUUUUUUUUACCACUCUCUCUCUCCCUUCUCAUCCCUUCAUUUUCCCAGACUUCUUCACCGUUAAACUCUUUCCUACCCCUCUUCAGCCACUCCACCCUCACACCUUUCCCUUCCCCUCUUCAUCAAAGUCUUCUCUCUCUCUGUCGCCUCUUUUCAUCCCCUCUCUCUCUAUCACUUCCCCUCACUGUGUCUGUUCUCUCCCAGCCAGCCCCUAUUCAGGAGCCCCUGGGUUUUAAUGUGUACAUUCCAAAUGGCAUCCUAUUCCCUAUGUAGUGCACUGCUUUUGAGCAUAGCGCCCUGGUUAAAAAUAGUGCACUAUAUACAGAAUAGGGUGCCAUUUGGAAUGCACAUUAUCUGUGGUUAGGUAAUCCCCAGCAGCUCCCUGAUCAGACUCUGCCUGGGAUACUCGUUCGUCCCCCCCUCCUCUCGUUUUCUCUCGGACUCUUUCACUCGCUCACUCGCUCAGACCAAGUCUCGGUGUUGCACGGCGAGCUGACCAGCUCCAGCUAGCCUUCUCUAUGGCAGAUUCUCCCUUAAACAACUCCUGGCCUUCUUUCUCCAAACUCUGGAUGAAACGUUGGUCCUUCAAGAGAGGAUCAGAAGGUAAGCCAUGUUCUACCCUGCAGCCCUGUGUGAGUGCCUCAGAGGCAUCCUCCUUGUCCUCGUCCCUGUCCCCAGCCUCCGUCGCUAAGGACGUCUUCUUCAACACUGAGGAAAAGGAUGAUGAAAGUGACUAUGAGAACCCAAGCCUGGAUGAGGAUGUAGACAGCAGUGUGGAGGAUCUUCUGGGUUUAAGCUGCUCCUUCAUAGACUCAAACUAUUACAAAGACCAUCAAGGGGCACACUCUGUAUCGGCUGCCCCAGAAACCAGCCCUUCUACCCUGGGCUUUCCCAGUAGAUAUAGAGACAGUCCCCAACACAGCUCCCAGCUCCAUCCCAAUCCACAUCCCUAUCCAUAUCCCUAUCAAGAGACUGAAAACAAAUCCAUACCCCAUCACACUAUUGUGGUCACCCAGUUCAACCCUAACCUGUUGCAGUCAGGCAGUGCCAUGGAUGGCUAUAACAGUGAGUCGGUGGACCCUGUGGGUGUGGUGAGCACUAUGGUGAAUCUGAAUGGACCAGGAGGACAAGGAGACAUGAUGGAUUCUGACAGAGAGAGCUUCCCUAUCCUGAUCAGGUCCAUGUCUACAUCACGCAGACAUAGCUUGGGCAUGCCCAUGUCUCCCAUCGACUUGGGGAGGAGGCUGAGCCUGGAUGCCAUAGACAGCGAUGGAGAGAGGGAUGACGCUCUCCUCCGCUCCUCCCACCUACAGGCUUUUAUAUACCCAGGAUGCCCUGAGCAGGAAGUGGAGGAGUCAGAUGGGACAGACCUCUCCAGAUCUGAAGCCAAGGAGACAGAAACGGAGGAGUGCAGUCGGUCCGGAAGGACAUACUCCAGAACAGAGAUUCUGGCCACAGAUGAGCACAUUCACGUCGCACACGUGUCUCACGUAGUGGAGACAUCGAAGAGGGCAGCAGGAGAGGAGCUGGACCCAGAGGAACCCAACUUGCACACUGCAGAAGGACAGACUCAUAUGCUGAUGAUACAAAAAGUUCUGCAAGAGCUCAAGCAGUACCACGGAGCCAGGCAGAGGACCACAAGGCCAGAGGGGAAGGAGACUGGAAGUAGUGUCACCUGGUAUGAAUUUCUCUCCAACGAAAAUGAGGAAGAAGAGGACCGAACAGAGAAAGUGGAAAAGGGGACCAAAGUGAAGCGCACCCUGAGCUCGCUUAGGAGCAGAAUGACUGGCUCAUUCAACAAAGACAAGCAGGGUAAGAACCGAGAGAAAGAGCAGCAGAAGGGGAAGGAGAGGGAACUCAAAGAGAAAGAGAAACUGCAUCACAGUAGUAGCAGUGGGCAUAAUUUGGUGCCAGGCUCCUUCUCCAGCUGUGCCACCUGCUCACUGUGCAGUAAGGCCCUGCAGAAAAAGCAUGGUCUGCAGUGCCUGAACUGUGCAGUGAACGUUCACAAGAGUUGUCGGACGCUACUAGCUGAGUGUAACAGCAGCAAGAACAAGAAGGAUUCUCUGCAUAGGACCUCCACAACAGCGUCGCCGAUCCUCGCCCUGAGGGAUCGGGACCAGUCUUCUACGGCCCUUGAUUGCCCCUCCGGUUCUCCGCGCAUCCCAGGCAUGACCCUCACCCCGCGGGGACCCAGUGCUCAGCCUGCCUCAGCCGCCUUCAACAGCUCUUCCUCCAGCCAUACUGCUGCAGCCAGCCUCAGCCUCAACCACAGCCACAACAGCCACACCGGAUCCCUCUCAGGGGACAUGGACGAACCGGACAGCCUACGCUCCGGGCUCAAGCGCUUCAAUGAGGACGCCGUCUCCCUGGCCCCAUCCACCACUGACUCCAUCGUUGUAGAAGAUGCAUACUACUCUGCAUUUCGAGCUGAUCUGGAGUCUGAUGCCCAGGACCUGGAGGUGGAGUCAUGGAGUCUGGCUGUGGACCAGCACUACCUGAAGAAAUACACCAAGGAGACGGUCAAGAGACAAGACGUUAUCUACGAGCUGAUGCAGACAGAGAUGCACCACGUACGGACCCUGAAGAUCAUGCUGCGUGUUUACAUGAGGGAGCUGAAGGAGCACCUCCAGAUGGACGAGCUGUUCCCGCGCCUAGAGAGCCUGCUGGAGCUGCACACAAGCUUCCUGUCCCGCUUAAAAGAGCGGCGCCGAGACUCCACGCAGCCCGGCAGCGACAGGAACUACAACAUACAGAGACUCGCUGACAUCCUCACCACACAGUUUUCAGGUGAGAAAGGGGAUCGGAUGAAGGAGAACUAUGGUGAUUUCUGCAGCCACCACACCGAGGCUGUCAGCUACUACAAGGAGCAACUACACAACAACAAGAAGUUCCAGAACCUCAUACGGAAAGUCAAUAAUUUGUCCGUUGUGAGAAGAUUAGGAGUGACUGAGUGUAUCCUCCUGGUGACACAACGCAUCACCAAGUACCCUGUGCUGGUGGAACGUAUUGUGCAGAAUACAGAAGUGGGUACGGAGGAACACGAGGAGUUGACCAGGUCUCUUAGUCUGAUUAAAGACUGCAUCGUCCAGGUGGAUGCCAUGGUCAACCUGCAUGAGAAGGCCUCGCGACUCCGAGACAUCGCCCACAAGAUGGAGCCCAAGUCCCUCGGCAAGAUCAAAGAUGGCCGUGUGUUCCACAGAGAGGACCUGUCCCAGGGUCGACGCAGGCUGCUGCACGAGGGGACGGCCAACCACAAGGCCGCCUCCGGAAGACUCAAAGAUAUUGUGGCUGUGCUGCUGUCCGACGUGCUUUUGUUACUCCAGGACAAGGACCAGAGAUAUGUUUUCUCCACAGUGGACAACAAGCCCUCAGUGAUCUCCCUCCAGAAGUUGAUAGUAAGGGAGGUGGCCCACGAGGAGAGGGCCAUGUUCCUGAUCUGCGCCUCCUCCAAUGAGCCGGAGAUGUACGAGAUCCACACCGCCUCCAAGGAGGAGCGUAACUCCUGGAUGACACACAUCCGGCAGGCCGUGGAGAGUUGUCCACACACUGAGGAGAGACUCUUCAGUGAGCAGGAGGAGGCUCGAGCCUCCAGAUUCAACGAGUUCCAAGAGCGUCUGAGCCAGAAGGACUCCCAGAUCGUGACGUUGCUGACAGAGAAGCUGCAGCUGUUUUCAGACAUGUGUCUGGUGUCUGGUAACGAGGAUACGACCUUUCGCUCCCGCCUAAUGCUGCGAGGUGACGCCUCAGACCUCCACCAGGGGGAGACACUGCUCAAGGGGACCAUCACUGAUGUGGAGAGUCUUCAGAACCUGUUGCUGUCUGGUGUGAGAGAGCCAGCUUCUCGUCUAGAGGAGGGUUCAGGAUCCGGGGCUCUGCCCAGGAGAGCAGACACCUUCGGGGGCUAUGACAGCAGGCCCAUCAUCCUCAACAAGAAAGGCAUUGUGAAGAAGAAGAACCACAGUGGAGGGGACAGGGCCAGAGACGAGACCCAGAAAGGCUGCUCUGACCCCCAGCUUACGAAGAUCCAGGCUAGUCAGACCUUGGAGCAGCCACAGGUGGGUCAAAUAUACAAACACACACCCUACACAACAGUGUGUAAUUGUGUGUGUAAUGGGGUUGUGUGUGUGGCUCGCUGGGAGAGAGAGCGGGAGCGCCACAGGCUGCAGGCCGAGGUCACAGAAGGGAUGCUGAGGCAGAGAGAGGACGACUGCAGGAGGCUGGAGGAGAAGCUGGCGGAAGAGAGGGAGGACCUGGAGAGACAGAGAGAGACGUACCAACAGGAUCUGGAGAGACUGAGGGAGUCGACCCGCACAGUGGAGAAGGAGAAGGAACGCCUGGAGCAGCAGAGGAAGAUCAAGAGGAAGACCAUUGAGGUGAUGCCCUUCUCUGGCAGUCUAAAUGGGGAUCUCCUGCUGGGCGUGGGCAGUAGCUGCAGCGUCGGAUCAGACCUCACCCUCCCCCAGAAGGCCCUGGUUCGUUCCAGCCCUUCUGUGGCGCCCGCAGACUACCUGGAGCGUCCUGAGCUUCUGGCUCGGGGUCAGAGCGCCAACGCCACGGUGCUGCCGGUGAAGAAGGAGGUGCCCCUCCACCUGUGCAGCACCACCAACCAGCAGCACAAGCAGGUGGGUGUCCAGCAGCAGAUCCCCACCAAGCUGGCAGCCCUGAGCUCAAAGAGUUCGAAGAGUGCCAAGGCCACCCACCGCACCGACAGCACAGCCUCUCUGGAUAUGAAGCAAAUGCUGCCUAUGAAGUUGUCAGCCAAAGAGGACGGCACUCUGAAAGCCAAGCGCUCCAUCAGCCCUAACCAGCAGCUUCCUCACACCCUAGUCCACUCCCAGUCCAUGCACUUGACAGUUUCAUCGAGCCUUCCAGACAGGGGGCCAGAGAACCAGCCCGCCGGCCUACAGAAGCCCCCCAGCCAGGCCUCCAACCCCCUGCACAUUCACACCCAGCCCCAGGCUCCUAACCCCCUCCAUACCCAGAGCCCUAACGCCCCUCCAGCACAGGCCCCUGUCCACAGCCACAGCCUGCCCCCUCCAUGCAGGAUCCCUGAGGAUGUAAUCUUCUUCUGAGCCCCCCGUCCCCCCCCCACGGCAGUCAGGGACCAAAGGGAGGCCUGUGAUGUCACAUCUCUAGAAACCGUUCAGAUCUGGGACGCAACACGUUUCCUUUAAAAAAAAAAAUCAUUAAAAAAAUUAACUCUGUUCAUUCUUAGAAUAAUCUAUAUAAUCACGUCUCCCUAAAACUAAUACCAAUAAUUGUUUUGAAUCAUUUGUUUUAUUGAACCGGCGAUUGUUGAAUAUGAAGAAAGAUGACUGAUUAAUAUGAAGGUUUAUUUUAAACAUGAAGGGGUCACGUGACGUUCUGGACAAAUCCAGAAAGGAGAGAGAGGGGGAGGGGGUUGGAGAGCGAGAGGAGAGCGAGAGGAGAGUGAGUUUGGAGAGCGAUAUUGGAGAGCGAGGAGAGAGAUUGGGGAGAGAGAUUGAAGAGCGAGGGGAGAGAGAUUGAAGAGCGAGGGGAGAGAGAUUGGAGAGAGUGGAGAGAGAUUGGAGAGCGAGUGAGGGGAGAGAGAUUGGAGAGAGAGCGAGGGGAGAGAGAUUGGAGAGAGAGCGGGGAGAGAGAUUGGAGAGAGAGCGGGGAGAGAGAUUGGAGAGAGAGCGUGGGGAGAGAUUGGAGAGAGAGCGUGGGGAGAGAUUGGAGAGAGAGCGUGGGGAGAGAUUGGAGAGAGAGCGUGGGGAGAGAUUGGAGAGAGAGCGUGGGGAGAGAUUGGAGAGAGAGCGAGCGAGGGGAGAGAGAUUGGAGAGAGAGCGAGCGAGGGGAGAGAGAUUGGAGAGCGAGCGUUGGGAGAGAGCGAGGGGAGAGAGAUUGGAGAGCGAGCGUGGGGAGAGAGAGCGAGGGGAGAGAGAUUGGAGAGAGCGGAGAGAGAGCGUGGGGAGAGAGAUUGGAGAGAGAGCGAGAGAUUGGAGAGAGAGCGAGGGGAGAGAGAUUGGGGAGAGAGCGAGGGGAGAGAGAUUGGAGAGAGAGCGAGGGGAGAGAGAGCGAGGGGAGAGAGAGGAGGAGAGUCUCCUGCCAUUAUGUACACCUUUUGGAAGCAGUGGAGCCACAGGAAGCGUCAGACUGAUGGCAUCGCUCAAUGUCCUGUGUGUUGUUUUAUUUUGCACAGUCCAAAUACUCCUUUUACAGGCCGACGUGACGUUACUGUGACGCUUUGGACAUUGGGUUGAACCCAUGAAUUAAGUUGUAACUAUGAAGGGUUCAUUUUAAUUCGCUGGGUUUUUCUUUCUUCCCUUAAUCAUGUGUUUCUCGAAAAGACUGAACACUGGAGUGCAGUUGUUGUAAUUGAUAUUGUUUCCUUUUGUUGAAGAUGUCCUGGUUCGGUCCAGUGUUGGGCCAGACGGGCUUAUUUAAAAUAACAUUUUUUUUAAUAUUCUAUUUUAAUCUCACUGUAAACAGAAUGUUUGAUUUGAUUUUAGAGAAUUGACUUUAAAUACCGCUAGCCAUAGAUGACUUAUCUUAUUUAGAACGGCAUCAUUAUAAUUCAUACCAGAUUUUGAUUCGACUGCCUUUUUAAAACGCUUCCAUAGUAAUUGUACACAACGUGUGUAAAUACAACCAACCUUGUUGUGUAGCGAAGAUGAUUUGAACAUGAAGCCAUUCUGUAUAACCAACAAUGAUUUAGGGAUGGCUGUUACACUGGUUUAGACGUCUCCCUAGCACUGCCUGGGUCCCAGCGCGAGGGCCACUCUCAUGGCAUCCCCUUCCUAAUUUCUGUCUAGGCACACGGACCAUUUCAUACAUAAUGACAAUAUGGAAGGGGGGGGGGGGUCACAGAAUGGUUAGAUAAGCAGUAGUGCGGACACUGAAGGAUUUCAAAGCUUGAUUAUAGUGUAAAGCUUUACACCAUUUAAGUAAUGUUUAAACAAGCCAGUAUCUUAGAAAUGUAAGACGUAUCAUUCAGUUUUUAUUAUUUUAUUAAGUUUGGUGUGAUUUUGCAUUAGCAGCAGGUCCUGAAUCACAACAUGUCCUUCAGCCUGGUCAUUAGUCUGAAGAAUGCAGUGGGCCUCAUGCAGGAGUGUCUCGUUUUCCCCUAUUUCUUUACUAAACUAUUUAGUUACCUCUGUGUAUAGUUGGGCGUGUGUGUGUAGUGAAAUACAUGUCUCUAAUAGGGAAGGCAAAGCAUUCCCUGACAGGUUGAGUGGUACAUGAUCAUUUUGAUCACUUGUUAGUCGAACCUUUCAGAACAAGUCUUGUUCAAGUGCAUUCUGUUUUGGACCUUGUGUUUCUGAUAUACAGGUAACUGCCGAAACAAAGGACAUCUUGAGUAAAUGAGGGAUACGAAGUACACUAUAUAUACAAAAGUAUGUCAAAAUAGUGGAUUUUCAUCAAUUUUAGCCACACCCAUUGCUGACGGGUGUAUAUUUUUUUUUAAUGCACACUGCCAUGCAAUCUCCAUAGACAAACAUUGUCAGUAGAAUGCCCUUACUGAAAACCUCUGACUUUCAACGUGACACCCGCCAAAGGAUGCCACCUUUCCAACAAGUCAGUUUGUGAGCUGCCCCAGUCAACUGUAAGUGCUGUUAUUGUGAAGUGGAAACGUCUAGGAGCAACAACGGCUCAGCCGCGAAGUGGUAGGCCACACAAGCUCACAGAACAGGACCUCUGUGUGCUAAAGCGUGGCUCGUGGGGGCCUAACACCCUAUUAAGAAACUUCAUGUUGGUAUUUUCUUUAUUUGGGCAGUUACCUGUAUAUUCUCUGCAUGGACAGCCAUUGAGUAUACAUGAGGAUGGCGAAGGAUAGUCCUGGUGCUCUGAGUUAGCAACAUGUAAAGCUUAGCUAUUGGACCACCGGCCUAAUUCUGAUUCCGGUGAUAUUUCAUUAACUCCACAAGAAAAGAAUAAGCUAUAAUUCAGUUUUGUGGUACAGAUGUUUUAUCUCUUAACCUGUGCUUUUUUUGGAAACGAUGAAGGCAAAGUUGGCUCUUAUUUUAUACUAAAUAAAAAUAUAAACGCAACAUGUAACAUUUUCAUCGAUUUUUACUGAGUUACAGUUCAAAUAAGGAAAUCAGUACAUUGAAAUACCAUUUUAAGGCCCUAAUCUAUGGAUUUCACAUGACUGGGCAGGGGUGCAACCAUGGAUGGGCUUGGGAGGGCGUAGGCCCACCCACUGGGGAGCCAGGCCAAGCCAAUCAGAAUGAGUUUUUACAACAAAAGGGCUUUAUAACAGACAGAAAUACUCCUUUCAACAGCUGACCAGGUGGCUGGUCUCUGAUCCCGCAGGUGAAGAAGCCGGAUGUGGAGGUCCUGGACUGGCGUGGUUUACAUUUGGUCUGCCGUUGAGGCCGGUUGGACGUACUAAAAUGUUGGAGGCUUAUGGUAGAGAAAUUAACAUUUAAUUAUCUGGCAACAGCUCUGGUGGACAUUCCUGCAGUCAGCAUGCCAAUUGCACGCUCCCUCAAAACUUGAGACAUCUGUGGCAUUGUGUUGUGACAAACUGCACAUUUUAGUGUCCUUUUUAUUGUCCCCAGCACAAGGUGUACCUUUUUGUAAUGAUCCUGCCGUUUUAAUCAGCUUCCUGACAUGCUACACCAGUCAGGUGGAUGGAUUAUCUUGGCUAAGGAGAAGGGCUCACAAACUGGGACGUAAACCAAUUUGUGCACAAAAAUUGAGAGAAAUAAGCUUUUUGUGCGUAUGGAACAAUACGGAUCUUUUAUCUGGGAUCUUUUAUUUCAGCUCAUGAAACGUGGGACCAAACACUUUACAUGUUGCAUUUUAUAUUUUUGUUCUGUAAAGAACUGGUACUCUAAUCAUUGUUUUGCUGUUAUAACACCGACGUUGUGUAGCAGUAGUUGGCGACUAAUUUAUUUUACAUUUCAUUUCACCUGGUUAACCAAAAGACAUUUUCAUAUUUGACCUUAAUGCUUUAUGGUGUGUCUUAUUGAAACUGAUAUGAAAAGGUUAUUUUUUGGAGAUGAUGCGAUGGAGAAUCAUAGCUUGAUUUGAAGAUUCAUCCGAGGUCCAUGUUUUUAAAGAUGUGAUGUCACUGGUCUGAGAGAUUAUUCAUCCGAGGUCCAUGUUUUUAAAGAUGUGAUGUCACUGGUCUGAGAGAUGAUUCAUCCGAGGUCCAUGUUUUUAAAGAUGUGAUGUCACUGGUCUGAGAGAUGAUUCAUCCGAGGUCCAUGUUUUUAAAGAUGUGAUGUCACUGGUCUGAGAGAUGAUUCAUCCGAGGUCCAUGUUUUUAAAGAUGUGAUGUCACUGGUCUGAGAGAUGAUUCAUCUAAGGUCCAUGUUUUUAAAGAUGUCACCAUUUCUAAAGUCUUACAUUUCCUCUAGCUCUACUGGAAUCUGAGUUUGAGUCUUACUCAAACAAGAGAGCUGUGUGUGUGUGUGUGUGUGUGUGUGUGUGUGUGAGAGAGAGAAUACCCCCGUCAAUGUUAUCAAUAUUGCCUAACUGAAAGGUUAUCUAGAAGUUGUUUUAUUUCCUUGCUUGUGUGUUUCUACAGAUACAAGUGUGAUGAUCCGUAAUUUAUAAAGAACCAAGAUCAUGUUGUGUACUAAUUUAUAAAGAACCAAGAUCAUGUUGUGUACUGAUUUAUAAAGAACCAAGAUCAUGUUGUGUACAAAUUUAUAAAGAACCAAGAUCAUGUUGUGUACUGCCAAUUACCACGAGUCACUUUGGAUAGUAGCAUACUCGAAGGGGAAAUGAAUGUCCUUAAUAAUAAUAAUAAUGCUUAGUAAUGUGAGGUUGGUUCUAACUUGUAUCUAUCGCUUUCCGUCUGUCUUUAUUUAGUCUUUUUUUGUAGCAGCACACAGCAAAGGAUGGUUUUUAUUGUGUCGUUGAAUUUUGUUGCCCGUCAGAUGUAGAGACCUAAAAGACGCAUGAAACUGCUGCCUUAGAGAAAUCAGCAUUUUAUAGGAAUAAAUGUUUUUUAAACAA